UUUGCACAAUGGAGAGAGUCGUAGAAAUCGAGAAAGGACUUCAAGCGGAAGAACAUCUGAGGGAUAGAAUUAUAAGAUUUGGAACUUUACUUGCAAACAUAGUUUAUGAUGAGUAUAUAUACCUGAAGAAACUUCGUCUCAGAUAUGGUAUUUAUAACUUCCAGAAUUCAGGAGGAAGUCCUCAAAUAUCAUUUAAAGUCAGAUGCACCAAACUGGCCAAGCUCAAACAGGAAGAGAGCCUUGAUGUGGCAGUGGUAAUAAGAAGGCUUCCUUAUAAAGAUUUCACAACAAUUUUCAACAACUUCAAUAACGCUCAGUUAUCUCGUCUAAGUGUUGGAUGACAUAAAUUGAUAAAUACACUUAGCUUGCAUUUCGUUCUCAACUCUUUCGCCCGGAAUUUACCAAGAGUCUCACAGACUAUUAGUUUAGUCGGCUUUAGGAUUACAGAGAAGCAGCUGAAAAGGGUCUUAACAAGCUUGCUUGAGGUUGAGAAUUUGAGGUUCAGAGAAUGUUUACUUCCAUUAAUUCAGACACCUCUUAAGAUCCAGAGACAAGUUCUAGUCAGAAAUAUCAAUAUUGCUAUGUGUCAAGACCACAAUAGACUCCCUCUUGGUCCAAGUAACCCUACUGUAGAAUCCCUUGUGAUGCUCAUCAGCAACGAAUGCUUCAGGGAAGGACUGAAGCUAUUCAGGUUAAUGACUGACAAGUCAAGUAGUGGUGCUGAAUAUUACUACUCUCUCGCCCAGAAGUAUGAUAUAGGGAGUACCAAACUUAAGGUUUCCUUCUUUUAGACUCCCAGAGAGGGGAAUAUAGAACCUCAAUAUCU